GUGUAAUAUUGAUCUAAAUGGACGAAACACUGAUUCUCUGAAUCAAUCAUACCCGAACUGUCAUUAAAAUACUUUCAAACUUCACUUUAAGACGCGAAAGCCUUUUUCUGUCUUGCACCAGGGCUUUUAUUUUGAAACGUGUCAGCAGGAUAUUGGUUGUUUUUCAGUCUCUUGUUAACGGAACUUUCAUUGAACCUGCCGAGCAGUAAGAGAGUGGCAAACGGGUACCCGCAACCAUUGUUAUUUUACUUUAAAUUUUUCUACUGCAUGAUGACAACGCAUCUCUGAACGGGACCCCCAAAGCGGACUACCCACCAUGUCGGCUGAGGAGGAGAGGGGGGUAGUUCGUGUUAAGGUCAAGAAGUGUGAAGGGGUGUUGCCGGUGGAGUUCCGCUCCUUUGCUGUUGAUCCUCAAAUAACCUCACUGGAGGUGUUGCAGCAUAUCUUGAUACGAGCAUUUGAGCUGAAUGGGAAACGCAACUUUGGGAUAAGUUACCUGUCCCGUGACCGCGGAGGUGUGGAGGUCUACGUGUCUCUGCUGUCUGACUGGGAUUUAGAUGCAGCAUUUGUCAGUGCGGCAAAGCCUUUCCUCCAACUCAAGAUGGACAUUAAACCAUCAGAGGACAGUCCUGUUUUGGAGGAUUGGGACAUAAUCAGCCCUAAGGAUGUGAUUGGCUCAGACCAGCUGCAGGGAGAGAAGAGGUCGUUGGCUUCUGCCGCACUUCCUUUCACACAGUCGCUACUGUCCCAGGUGGGUCGCACUCUAUCGCGUGUGCAGCAGGCCUUGAGUUGGUCCUAUGGGGAGGAGGUGAAACCAUUCAAGCCUCCCUUAAGUGAUGCUGAGUUCCACAGUUACCUGACUAGCCAAGGUCAACUGACCCGACCAGAGGAUCUUAGACUUCGUAUAUAUCAUGGUGGGGUUGAGCCAUCCUUACGCAAGGUUGUUUGGCGAUACCUCCUUAAUGUGUACCCAGAUGGUCUGACAGGACAAGAGAGAAUGGACUACAUGAAGAGAAAGACAAGAGAGUACGACCAGCUGAAGAGCGAAUGGACAGAACGGGUCAGCGCAGAGGACCUGGAGUUCAUCAGGGGAAACGUUCUGAAAGAUGUUCUUCGAACAGACCGAGCACAUCCUUACUACGCAGGAUCAGAGGACAGCCCACAUCUCACCGCAUUGACAGACCUUCUCACCACCUUUGCUAUUACACACCCACAGGUGUCUUAUUGCCAAGGCAUGAGCGACAUUGCCUCGCCAAUUCUAGCUGUCAUGGACAACGAAGCUCAUGCCUUUAUCUGCUUCUGUGGCAUUAUGAAACGUCUUGAGGGCAACUUCCGCCCUGACGGACAACUAAUGUCCAUUAAGUUCCAGCAUCUCAAGUUGCUAUUGCAGUAUUCAGACCCUGAGUUUUAUGCCUACCUUAUCUCAAAAGGUGCCGACGAUCUGUUUUUCUGUUACCGCUGGCUGCUUUUGGAGCUGAAGCGGGAAUUCGCUUUUGAUGAUGCCCUGAGAAUGCUUGAGGUCACCUGGAGCUCCUUGCCACCUGAUCCACCUGAGACAGAGGUGGAGCUUCUGGGGCCAACACUUGAGGCAGAUCAGUCCAAUGGCUCACAGAAUGUCCAUCAGAAUGUGGACAUGGAGGAGAUUGAUGAGAAGCAGACGGAAAGGCAGAGGAGACGUCACAUGCUAAGACCGUCCCGAGAGGAGGCAGAUGGGGGACGUAGCCUCAUCGUAGAGGAGGAGAAGGGCCCUCGGAAGGAAGGUGAAGGAGAGUACGGUGUAGAUGACAUGGUCAAGAAUGAUGUCACAGCUCCUGCUCCCUCAUUUGAGAAACAGGCAAGUUUUGGGGAAUUCAAGUACUAUAGUUGCCGAAGCGAGGACAGCUUUGAUAUUAAUGAAAACGAUUGCUCUGAUCCUACAGUAUCUCCAGAACAGUUUCAGUCUGCACACUCCACGUUGCCAUUCUCUGUCCGCCAGUCCACAGAGGAAAGUGAGGAUGACCCUGGAGAGCAGGAACCUCUUAUCAGUAAUCAUACGCCGUCUUCUCCAGGACAAAGAGACUCUCCCAAUGGUCAAGCAGCUUCCCCAGCAUCAUCUCUUCCUUCUGGUCUACCAAAUUGGAAGAGUAGCUCUAAUCAUUCCCCGGAAGCAUCUAAUUCUCCAUCUAGCUGGAGAACGGCAUCUCCCGAUGACCUUUCAAAAUGCACAUCCUCUUCGUCUAGUGGGGACAAAGCUGUGUCUCCUGAUAAACCUCCUGGGGGGUUCAUGUCCUCACAAGCUGUAAUGAACGAAACUGGGGCUCAAUCCCCAUCAGUGGUCCCAGGGAAAUCUUUACUGGCAUCUCCAUCGCAGAGUUACAAUCGUUCGCGUCUCUCUUCUCCGGUUUUAUCCUUCGGCAAGUCCCCGUCAUUGCCCAAAGCGUUCUCCAGCAAUCUUCCCUCGCCAUGCAGGCCCACCGGGUCUGGCAUAACCUCUCCAAACACAAACAAACCAGAAGGAGGCGGAAUUAAACCCUGCUCGCUUCCUCCUCCUCAAGAGUUUGGGAAAGGGAAUCCCUUCAUGCUUUUCCUUUGCCUGUCUAUCCUGCUGGAACACCGUGACCACAUUGUCAAAAACAGCCUGGAUUACAAUGAGCUGGCCAUGCACUUUGACCGCCUGGUCCGUCGCCACAAUCUUGGGCGUAUUCUGCAGCGAGCUAAAGCCCUCUUUGCAGACUACCUGCAGAGUGAGGUAUGGGACUCGGAGGAAGGGGAUGAAGUCAGCUUGGACUCCCCAACUACAGCGACAACAUCCCCCCAGACACCCACCACUAGACCUCCUUUCCUCAAUGUACAGCCCUCUCAGGGUACCUUACCGAAUUCGCCCUAUAAUUUGGCCAGUACCAUUCCCUCUCCAACAACUCCUGUUGCCCUCUCUCUAUCUGAUUCCUGAUCCUGUGCAGUAGUAGAUUAUCUCUAGAAACCAGCUCCGGACCACAAACAGACCCAUAAGCCAGUUUUACUGUACCUUGCAGAGUCACAGCGUACCUUUGUGCUUUACACAUGCUUAAUGAGACUUGUGUUGUUUUAUGUUAAUGACCAAAGCUUAGUGACUUUCUCAUGUCUCUUUUUCCCUGUCCAUCAAGUCAAGCCCCUUUCAUUGUACUGUAUCUUUUUUAUUGCACUUUAUUGAUUGUCCUUUGAAAGGGCAGGCCAGUUUGUGUCUCAUUUCACUUUGUAAAUAACACUUUUGAAAGGCACAUUAUGGACACGUAAAAUCUGUUAUAGGAACCUAAUUUACCUAAAACAAAGCAACAAGAUUAUACUGUUAUUUAUUUCUCUGUGUGCAAUCUUUAUUUUGGCGAAAAGGAUGUCAUCAGCAUUUUCUGAGGUUAUCAUGCCUCUGUUGUUGUAGGGAGGAGAUUGUUUACUCAAGUAAAGCUUUUGAGACGCUCCCUGAAAUGUAUCAUUAAUUUGUUUGACAUUGCCAGCAGCAAAGGUGUAUUUGUUAUACUGAUACUUGUCAUUUGUGCUUUAUAAGAACCUUAAGCCUUGACUUUUGUUUGUAUGAAACAUUUGGCCCGAGAUGGUGCUGAUGCGUUAUCCAGUAUCCCAUCAAUGUGAAACCUUCUGUUGUAGCAUAGGUAACAUGCCGCCCAAUCUUGAAUUGAUCUCUGAACUACCAGUAGAAAUCCUCUCUAGUGUACAACAGCUAUUUGACCUGUCAGCUGUAACUCUACAUGCAGUGGAUGAUUUGGUAAAGCAGCACUCCUACUAAGAUAAACAUGGAGAUGGCUGGUAAUUUGGUUUCUAUUAUCCUCGCCUUUGUUGGAGAAGUGCCUCGUUUCACUGAAUUAGGCAUUUUUGUCUCUCUCACUUCUGUGUGUAAAUAUAAUUUUUAUUGCUUUCAUCCUUCCACCAAAGACUUGUCUGUUCAUCCGUUGCCAUAACAACUUUAUCAUUAAGAGGCAACAAUCAAGGAUCACUGCUGUUAAAAAAAAAUAUCAGAGUAUUACAAAAGUGUUUAAUGCCUUUAGCAGAAUGCAUUUCAUUGGAGACCUUGUAGACUCAUUCUUUGUCUUAAUACCAAGUGUUCUUUUCUCUUUUUUUUUCUAAGUGCUAAAAUUAGAAACCUCUGCACAUGGACUAAAAAAAGGAUUUUCCUGGAAAGUGGAACAGUGAUGAGUCCUGUUCAUCAUCAUUGUGCAUACAUGUAUGUUUGUUUCUCUGAUUUUGGUUUGGUUCUAUAUGAUAGUAUUUUACUCAUACCCUUGGAGAGACUUGCUAGAUUGAAUGCUUGCAAUACUCCUAUUUGUACAAUAAAUUCACUGAAUAUUAAUUGAUCAGUGAUCUUUCUUUGCACAC